ACCUGGACCCGCGACGACGCUUCCCUGCGGUCUGAUGGUUGCGGAAGGGGGGCUGUCCCAGAUUGUUGAGGCUUUGCAAAAUAAAAUAAAAAUAUGAGGAUGUUUUUGGAGCCCCCCCCCCUCAGCCACUUGAGUACCACAGAUGGAGGAUUACAGUUCCCGUCAUUCCUGCCGUGCGGCACUUGGGAAAAGAGGAAAAGAGGCGUUUGGCUCGCCGGUUGCACUCAAACGGGGGUCUCCAGACCUGACCGCUUUAAGACUUGUGGACUUUCAGCUCCCAGAGUUCCCCAGCAGACAUGCACCUACCUGGCUAGCUGACUGGGGGAUUCUGGGAGAUGAAGGCCACAAGUCUGGGAGGUGACGUACCCAAGUCUUAAAAGUUGCCAAGUGUAGGGACUCCUGCACUAAAACCCCUUAAGAGGGUCUUGGGAGCGGGUCACCCAAUUGAAAUGCUGCCUGGGUGCUGGGAGUUUGGUACAGUAGCUGCAUUAGCCGGGGAUGAUGGGUGCAGCAGCCACUCCCCAGGGAUAAUUGAGUGGACAACCAGCAGCGCCUCAUAGCAUCACCUCACCCUGUCCAUCCUCCACAGUGGUAUUCUUUUGGUCCCAAAGCUAUAUUGAUUGAAGCAAGUAAAUCUUGUGGUGCAAUGGGCAGCAAAUGAAUUGAAUAAAUAACAAACAAAUAAAGUCGGGGUGUCAAUAUUGUAACAGCUUCUUUUCCCCCAGGAACUAAAGAUCCCCCACCUUCUCCCUUGCCUGCCUUCGCCCUGACGUUACAGAUGUCCAAAUACUGUCCCUCAGCCGUUGCCGAAGGACCAAUUCAGAUAACCACUUUCCCUGAGUUAUGCGGAGACAGAUCACGUGUUAGGCCCAGGUUUACGUACAGAUAUUUUAAAAAAUCGGAAGGAUUUAUGAAGAUUUCCCGCCAUGCUUUCCUUCCGGGGAAGGUGCAGGCUGUGAAAUUGGACAACCAACGUGUCCGCCGUCGACGCCGUCUCAGCCGCUGCCGCAGCCGCCAGGGGGGCCCCAGCCUCAGCAGCCCCCCCCAGCCGCCCCGCAGCCCCCCAUGGAUUCGGAUCCCCCCGACUCCAGGAAGAGGCCCUUGGAGACCCCCACCGAAGCCAUCAGCACCAAGAGGAGCAAUACGGGAGAAGAGGGCGAGUACUUCCUUAAGGUCCUGAUCCCCAGCUAUGCCGCCGGAUCCAUCAUCGGCAAAGGGGGUCAAACCAUCGUCCAGCUGCAGAAGGAAACUGGAGCCACCAUUAAGCUCUCCAAAUCCAAGGACUUCUACCCGGGGACCACGGAGCGGGUAUGCCUCGUGCAAGGCACCGCGGAAGCCCUCAACGCAGUCCACAACUUUAUUGCCGAGAAGGUGCGGGAAAUCCCCCAGUCUGUGGUGAAACCCGAGUCCGUCAAUAUCCUGCAGCCACAGACCACCAUGAACCCCGACCGAGCCAAGCAGGCCAAGGUGAUCGUCCCGAACAGCACCGCCGGGCUGAUCAUCGGCAAGGGCGGGGCCACCGUCAAAGCCAUCAUGGAACAGUCCGGCGCUUGGGUCCAACUGAGCCAGAAGCCCGAAGGCAUCAACCUCCAAGAACGCGUGGUGACCAUCAGCGGUGAACCUGAGCAGAUCCACAAGGCCGUCGACAUCAUCGUUCAGAAGAUCCAGGAGGAUCCGCAGAGCAGCAGCUGCCUCAACAUCAGCUAUGCCAACAUUACCGGCCCGGUGGCCAACUCUAAUCCAACCGGAUCACCCUACGCCAACUCUACAGACGUUCUACCAGCGGCCGCCGCUGCUGCCACUGCUUCAGGCUUGUUGGGCCACACCAGCUUGGCUGGCGUCGGAGCAUUCCCGGCUGCCCUGCCCGGUUUUUCCGGCAGCGACCUCUUGGCCAUCAGCACAGCCCUCAACACCUUAGCGAGUUAUGGAUACAACACCAAUUCUUUGGGGCUCGGCCUCAAUUCGGCCGCCGCUUCUGGAGUCCUGGCCGCGGUGGCUGCUGGAGCCAACCCAGCUGCUGCGGCCGCCGCUAACCUCUUAGCUUCGUACGCCAACGAAGCUUCUACCAGUACCACAGCCCCGGCUGGUGCAGUUGGCGCUUUCACCUUGGGCUCUUUAGCAGCGGCCACCGGGGCGGCCAACGGCUACUUAGGGACCGCCUCCCCGUUGAUGGCCAGCUCCUUCCUCGCCACUGAGAAGCUGGUGGAAAGCGCCAAAGAUAUGGUGGAGAUCGCAGUGCCGGAAAACCUAGUGGGUGCCAUUUUGGGCAAAGGUGGGAAGACGUUGGUCGAGUAUCAGGAGCUGACGGGGGCCCGGAUCCAGAUUUCCAAAAAAGGGGAGUUUAUCCCAGGUACCAGGAACCGUAAAGUCACCAUCACGGGCACACCAGCUGCCACUCAAGCCGCGCAAUAUCUCAUCAGCCAGCGAGUAACGUACGAGCAAGGAGUCCGGGCCACCAACCCACAGAAAGUGGGAUAAGAGGAGGGCAAAGAGAAGGCUUGGGGGGGGGAGAGGAAUAGGUUCAAUCAGCCCUUUGAAAAAUGGUAACCGCCAUGACACCGGCCCCUGCCCAGUGCCCUUCUCUCUGCCACACACACACAUCCAGACACACAAACACACAGAGCCCCCUCUGACGGGGAAGCAGCCCUUCAUAUUCUGCCGGACGUUUAUUUCACCAAUGGUGUGGCCUGAUUGUGUAUAUAUUUCUCUCUCUAUCUAUCUAUAUAUAUAUAUAUGGUGAUCUUUUCUUUUCUUUCAGUUGAUGAAUUUUAAUAGAAGAAAAAAAAAGAUUUUUUUGUUAAAAAAA